CCCGCCCACGUGACCCCAACUGGGCCAAUGAGCGGCGGCGGGAGGUGAAAUCCGGUUCUAACCGGUCCGGGGCUCCCAGCGCUAUAAAAACUUUAUAAACCCCCCGGAGCCCGAGCAGUGUGAAGAAGCAGCGAGAACGACCCCCGGACGGACCAAACCCGCGCACCGCUGCAUCCCCGCGUCCAGCGCCGACGUCCCCCGCCGCCGCCAUGCCCAAAAGAAAGGCUGAAGGGGAUACUAAAGGAGAUAAAGCCAAGGUGAAGGACGAGCCACAGAGAAGAUCUGCAAGGUUGUCUGCUAAACCUGCUCCUCCAAAGCCAGAGCCCAAGCCUAAAAAGGCCCCAGCAAAGAAGGGAGAGAAGGUCCCCAAGGGGAAGAAGGGGAAGGCCGAUGCCGGGAAGGAUGCGAAUAAUCCUGCAGAAAACGGAGACGCCAAAACAGACCAGGCACAAAAAGCUGAAGGUGCUGGAGAUGCCAAGUGAAAUGUGUGCAUUUUUGAUAACUGUGUACUUCUGGUGACUGUACAGUUUGAAAUACUAUUUUUUAUCAAGUUUUAUAAAAAUGCAGAAUUUUGUUUUACUUUUUUUUUUUAAGCUAUGUUGUUAGCACACAGAACACUUCAUUGUUUUGAGGGGGGAAGGAACAUGUGUCACUAACAAAAUGUCUCCAAGGUGGAUUGGUGAUGGUUGAUGUUGGAAAACAUCUUUCCCUGCUAAUUUUGAAAGACUCCUCUUGGCUCUCAGGAGAGACGUCCUGGUGUUGACAUAUGGGCCACCAUGGCACAAAAUACCUUGUGUGGGAAACUCUAAAUUCAUUUCUGUGUCCUCCUCCCCUGUACCAUCAACAUAGACUUAACUCCCUUCAAACCAGAGACCUUUUGGAACCUGACCCCCAAAAUUGGUUUUGCCGGUCUAUCAGGCAAUCUGGACUUUGCAGUUGUAUCAUUGUGUCCUCAAAAGAGCAGCAGUUCCUUUUAUAAAAGAUUGUGGAUCUUCAGAUUGAUAAUUCUGCCGUGUUCGUUUGGUUUCCUGAAAGUCAGGGUCGGCUUGUGAAAAGUUGUUAAACAACAUCCUCAAUGUGAACUGUCAGCCCUCACUCUAAGCUCUCCCCCUUUUCAAAGCAUCGAAUGAAGACUCAUUGGGUUUUAUAGUGGCUUUCUGAUUUUGGUAGUCUAUACAAGAAGGGAGUUUGGAAGUUCUUGUAUACUGUUAAUGACUGUCUGCCCAUGUCCUGCCUGAAAAACCAUGAUUGUUUAUGGAAAGUAUCUUUAAUAAAGCUGGAUACAGUUUG